AUGAUUAGCUUUGAAGUUAUGCGAACUUCCGGAAGCAUUUUACUAAUAGUGACAUUGUGCACAUCAGCAUAUGCUCUUGAUUGCACCACCUUCAAACAAGAAUGGAUGAAAUUACGGUAUACUAUACUAACAGGAGUUCAUAGUUCAACUAUCAUUGGUCCUACAUCAAACAUUUGUCCUGUAACCGGUACUUCCUGUUGUGAUGUAAGCAUGGAACAUGAAAUGUACUCAGUGGGUCAGCGUCAACUUAUAAAGCAAACCAACUCAUGGUUAAAAGUUGCCUGGAAAAUGAGCAAUGAUAGUGCCGUGCUUGAAUCAAUUUUUCAAGCUGAUUUACAACAAGCUAAAGGACGUUUACAUCAAUUUUUCAGUCGGAUUUAUGGAUACAAUUAUAAAUUGCAUAGAAAUUUCUUCUCCGGGUUUUUCACGGAUUUAGGACAAUAUAUGGCAGGUCAGCGGGGUCAGCUCGGUGUGUUAAUCAAAAAUUUCUUCAGUCAACUUCGUGACAGUAUAGUUAGUUUGAUUGAAAAAUCUGGACAGUCUUCCUGGGUUGGUGGUACUGAUGAAGCUAGUGAAUCUAGGCGAAUUCGUUGUUUAUCUGAAAAGAUUGCGCAGUUACAUCCAUUUGAUGAUGUAGAUGUCCGACUUCACGCUCGUAUGUUGGAAGCUUAUCCACCCGCUCGUAUGUUGGUCAAUAUUUUAUCCGUUACCAGCAAAUUAUUACACUAUCUGGUUGAUCAGGUUGUAGUUCAAUCUCAAUGUAUUUUGGGCAUUACACGUUAUCAAUUUUGUGCUAUAUGCGAGGCUCAGUCACUUAAUAAUGUCUGCCCUGAGAGUUGUUCACAAUUACUAGCCGGAUGUUUACAUGGUGAUGGUCCAGAUGAAGCACAAUUGGCGUAUAUUUGGCCUCAAUUAAUUGAUACAAUCAUCAUGGCAACUAAUCGGUUGGAAAGAUCAUUCAACUUUCCUGCAGUAAAUCGUAAUCUUCAAAUGGAAAUAUCUGAAGCAAUAACUAGUUUACAAACACGUUAUAGUGAAACAAAAUCUAAGUUUGAAUCCGAAUGUCGAUUUGGUUCUGCCGGUCGACGAAUGCCAACAUUGUUCGAUCCUAUUGGACCCCCUCAUAGCAGUCAGGAAAAUCGUGCAAAUCACUCAGACAUCUCUAGAUGGUCAAUGAUAUCUAAUUUGAAUAGACGCUUAAAUAGAAUAGCUCGUUCAUCAUCUUAUCCACAAUCAUCACCUGUUUCUCAAGAAUUCCUUGACUGGCAAACACGACAACGACCAUCCCAAGUCACUCCUAGUAACAAUCGUCCAAAAAAAAAAGAUUAUAGUCAACAAAGGACUAUCAGAACAUCUGAUGACUGGGAUGCCUCAGACAACGAGAAUCCUAUGAAUGCUCCAAAUGAUCUCGUUCGUCAAGUCAAUGAAAUCAAACAAGUUUAUUCAUCUCUACGGGAUCUGUUCAGUGGUGCAGCUGGUAGCUUAUGUCCUACUAAUUCAACUACUAUGAGUAAUGGGAAUUCGUUUCAUAUUAAUCAAAGCACCCAUUGUUGGAAUCCACCUCGUAUACCCGAUACGGCACCUGAUGCUGGAAUUACACAAAUUUUAGCCCAACUUUAUGAAGCUUCCAAAAGAUUGCACGAAGCCUCAACCAAUACUAAAGAUCCAGAUACUUUAGUUGUCAAACCGCCUCCUAGAUCGAAUUCUGCUUCUAGUACUUACUCAAGAAAUGAUCAAAACAGUUAUUUGUCAGCCAGUUUAACUGACUCUCUCUCAGCAAAUCAAUUUCUUGCACAGGACCAAUCGCAAGAUCCUAAGCAAUCUAGAGUGGAUAAUUCAUACGAAACGGAAAGAAAUAUUAGAAUCAAAAGUGGAAGUGGAAAUCAGCCGAAUACUUUACAAUAUCCAGAUGAUUCCUCUCCCAAACUUACGAGCAGUCAUCGAGUCGAUUCAAUAAUAUGUUUACUGACGACCUUCAAAGUAAAAACGAUCCUCAUACGAAUUAGUCAAGGUACAGAUUCAAAUAGGUACUAUGAUCGAAAAUCUGCACAACAAUGGUCACAGAAAUCUAGUGGGCGCAAUAAUUGGGGUAAUGUUGAUCAUCAAAGAAAUAAAUGGAAAUCUAGUGGUUCCACAGACUUCAACAUACCAAUUUUUCAAGAACUCACAACCGAAUUGGGACACUUAACAACGGAAAUGACGAUAACAACAACUAUGAUGACGACGUUUUCUCCAACUACUGUUACAGCUUCCGCUGUGUUACUAACUAAUUCCACGAGAUUAGUUACAACAUCAAGUGCAUUAGAAAAACCAAGUGAUUUAUCAUCACUGGAAGUGAAGGAUAUUGUUACAGAAAGUGUUACAAAACAAACACCUCUUACUGUUUCUCAACGUUUUGGUGAAGGCUCCGGAAAUCGAGGCAGUGGUAAAGCACCAUCAGUCCUUACACCACAAUAUCAAAGGUCCCGAAAUUUAUGGUCACAGUCCGGCAGAGAGUCGGCAAUCCCCAACGCUGCAGAUACGCGUUACACUGAAGACUUUAUUGGUCCCCGACCAGACAAAAAUUUAGCUUUCUAUCCAAGCACCCAAGAGCCAGAAAGUCGAGGGGAUGAAGAAACUUGGAACGUUUCUCCCGAUAAGUUAGCUUCGGGGUUUCUAGAAGGAGUUAGUGGAAUGAGCCCCAACAUAGAGUGGAAUGAGGACAAAAACGAUCACCACACAGGCUCGUCACAGUGGCAAGGUGCAUCGGGAAGUAGUAGAAGUGGCAACACAGUUCCUGAGGAUACACCCAUACUGCAUCCCCCAACUCAGCCAACGCAACCACCUAUUCCACCGCGGGUCGAUAAUAUUCCGGAGAUUCUUCCACAACCACCCCUGCCACCCCCAGAAGUGUGGGUACCAGCAAAGUUAAGCCCCGGACAGCCGGUGCCACCCAUAUUGCUAAUACGAGAAUAUAGUGUUGAAGGUCCCCUAUACGAAAAGGAAGACACUGUCUCACAUACCUACAACUCAGCAUCCCACCAACGGUUAAUCACGUCUAUAUUUUUACCUCUAAUCAUUAUAUUUAUCCUUUAA